CUUCUCUCUCCUCACCAAAAAAAAACAUAUUCUCUAAUCACUUUCUCUCUCUCUCUCUCUCUCUUUUCUUUUCUUGAAUUUCAAGAACUUAUGGCUCAAGAAGAGGCACAGAAGUCGGCUGAUGUUGUCGUGGUCUCAACGGAGAAACCAAUGACUGAUGAUAAGGAGGUUACCGUUCCUGCUCCGGUGCCUGAGAAGGAGGUGACUCCUCCUGUUGCCUCGGAGGAGAAGGCUGUUCCGGAGAAGGUGGCUGUAGAGACUGAGGCAGAGAAAGCUGCUCCGGUGAAAGAAGAAGAGACGGUCGUAGCUGAGAAGGUGAUUGCUCCCUCCCCUGAGGAGCUUGAGAAGAAGGCGCUUGAGGAGUUCAAGGAGCUCGUGAGGGAGGCCUUGAACAAACGUGAAUUCACUGCUCCGGCGACGCCUCCGGUGAAGGAAGAGAAGGCUGAGGAGAAGAAACCGGCGGAGGAAACUAAAGAAGAAGAGAAAGAGAAGAAGGAAGAAGAGAAAGCUACGGUUCCAGCACAAGAAGAAGCCGUCAAGUCCGGGGAGAAACCAUCAGAACCGGCGGCGGCUCCGGCUGAGACCAAGCCGGAGGAGAAAGAAGUUGUGCCGGUGACCACUGAGAAAGCCUCUGGUGCUGAAGAAGACGGAACCAAGACCGUGGAAGCAAUAGAAGAGUCGAUCGUCUCCGUCACUCCUCAAGAAUCCACCGCCGCGCCCGAAGAAACCACCGUCGUCGCCGAGGCGGAGCCUGUGGAGCCGGAGGAAGUCUCGAUCUACGGAGUGCCUCUCCUACAAGACGAGAGAUCUGACGUGAUCCUCCUCAAGUUCCUCCGCGCGAGAGACUUCAAGGUCAAGGAAGCCUUGACGAUGCUGAAAAACACCGUCCAGUGGCGCAAGGAGAACAAGAUCGACGAGCUCGUCGAAGCCGAGGCGGGAGAAGAGGCCAGCGAGUUCGAGAAGAUGGUGUUCGCUCACGGUGUGGACAAGGAAGGUCACGUCGUGAUCUACAGCUCCUACGGGGAGUUUCAGAACAAGGAGCUAUUCUCCGACAAGGAGAAACUCAACAAGUUCCUUAACUGGAGGAUCCAGCUUCAAGAGAAGUGUGUGAGAGCUCUUGAUUUCAGUAGCCCCGAUGCUAAAUCUUCGUUUGUCUUCGUCAGUGACUUCAGGAACGCUCCAGGACUUGGCAAGAGAGCCCUGUGGCAGUUCAUCAGACGCGCCGUGAAGCAGUUCGAAGACAACUAUCCUGAGUUCGCUACUAGAGAGUUGUUCAUCAAUGUCCCAUGGUGGUACAUUCCUUACUACAAAACAUUCGGAUCUAUCAUCACAUCACCAAGGACUAGAAGCAAGAUGGUCCUUGCUGGUCCAUCCAAGUCUACUGAUACCAUUUUCAAAUACAUUUCUCCUGAACAAGUCCCGGUUAAAUACGGCGGACUUAGCAAAGAUAUUCCUUCAACCAAUGGAGACACCGUCACUGAAGCGAUCGUUAAACCAGCAGCCAAAUACACCAUAGAGUUGCCUGCUUCUGAGGCUUGCACACUCUCAUGGGAGCUUAGGGUUUUGGGUGCAGAUGUGAGCUAUGGAGCUCAGUUUGAACCUACCACCGAGGGAAGCUAUGUUGUGAUCGUAUCUAAAAACCGUAAGAUUGGAUUAACCGAUGAACCGGUGAUAACCGAUUCUUUUAAGGUGGGUGAACCGGGAAAGAUUGUGAUCACAAUCGAUAACCAGACUUCCAAAAAGAAGAAAGUGCUCUACAGGUUCAAAACUCAACCAAAGUCUGAUAUUUGAAACUAAAUAUGAGAGACCAUAUUGAAAGAAGAAGAAUGGUUAUUUUGUUAUCUGGAAGAACAAUUUUUUAUUUAUUAAUUUAGUUUGUUAUUUGAUAUGUAAUUUUGAAAUCUCAAAAGGUGGUUGUGUGUUUGCUUUGUUUUGAGUAUUGUGGGUUGUUUUGUGUGUGGAGAAUAUGUGAUUAAAAUCCAAAAGCAAAAGAAAAAAAUAAACUUUGUUUCAUUAC